AUGACAGACUCGACAGGCGACGAAGACCUCGGCCCCACUCAUCGCGCUAGGGUCAGCGCGGACCUCUUCCCCCUCAAUCUCCCUUAUAUCCGCAAUCCUGAUCCUAUUCUUCGGUCUGACCCUCUUCGACCCUCCCUCAGGCAGCCACAUCUGGCCGUGGCUAUGCUCGUGAACAAGGAGUUUCAUCACAUCGCUGAACGCCUCCUCUACUCCCACAUCACAAUCGACAAUAUCAUUGAGUUCUUUGCCAGCCUCGGUCCAGACGCAAGCGCCGGACGCUUCGCACUCACUCGAUCCAUGCGCGUGGAGUACCCCGAGUUCGGAUGGGAGCCGACGUACACGAUGCUGGCUCGAGCUGUAGGAAGGAAAUGGGAGACGGAGAAAGAGGAGAUGUGGGAGCGCUAUGCAGCGAUGGGGGAGGAGAAGGCGCGAUGGUGGAGGGAAGACUACCGCCGGGAGCAGAAACCACUCCCGGGAGUGGCGAAAAAGCUAGAGAGACUUGCUCGGUCUGCAUCCAUUCAGGCGGUCACUUUCGGCUCGAUCUACGCGCACGCCUCCGGCCCCCGCGUCGGUCCGCGGCGCGAACUCUCGGCGCUUGGGCGCCUCUCACGCGGCCUUCUCGCACUCAGCGAUGUAGACCAAAUCUGCUUCCGCGGUAUCGAAGACCCGCUUUCCCUACUUCAAGCCCGCCAGCUCCCUCCCUUACCGAGAACCCUCAUUCACAUCUCCGCUAUCUUCCACUUUACAGCUUCGGACAUCUCCUCACUCUCGCUCCGGAUCGGCAGUCAUACGCAGUGGGUCUAUGACGGAUCCGCUCAGCACGACUGGUCGAUACUCCUCAGACAAUUGGGCGAGCAUAUCACGCAGCUGGCUCUUGAGCGGAUCGAUCAGGCGGUACCCGGUCCAAUACACCUGAGCAUCUUCUGCUCGACCGGUCGCUAUACCCCAUACGCUUCGGACCCGGUCGCCAUCCUAUAUGAUCAUCGCAUCUGGCAACAGCCCGCGCCUGCCACGGCUAUCAUUCGGACAGUCUCCCAGCAGGAACAGCGAGGGACGGCCAAGGCGUUUGAGGAGGCUACCCAGUCAAUCUUCAAAGAGGCGAAACGGGAUCGAGGGGUCGUGGAGGAAGACGGGAUUACGGAUGUCAUAAGCUGGGCGGUCUCUGCUGGUGCUCCGGAGUGCGGAGCGUGCGGGAGUUGCCGAGAUUGA